CUUUUUGACAAGCAGAACGACCCACAAUUAUGUCGGCCCAUGCGGAUGCAGUAGCGUAACUUCAGUUUUUCUGGCACAACUUGCAUGUUUCGCAAAGCAUCAACAAGCGUUGCCGCAUCAUACUUCGUUCUUUAAUUCAGACACGAAUCGCAACGUAUUAGGCCAAAAGACAUCAGAACUAUGGGUGAGACAAAUGCGCAAAUUCCGCGUCGUGUAGCCGCCCGAAUUGUGGCCCGGGACCCGACUACGGGGGAAGUCCCAUUGCUGCAUUGCGCUCGCGGCGACUUUUUCAAGCUGCCUGGCGGUGGGGUAGAGGCGGGCGAGACGGUGGAAACCGCAGUUGUGCGCGAGUGUCGGGAAGAAAUCGGGUGCGAGGUGGCUUUAGAAGAGAACUUCGGGCAACUAACCGAACAAAGAAACAGUGAGAAGACGGGCAAACUCCGGGAGACCGUUUCACACGUUUUCAGUGGGCAUAUCACAAAGCGGCUACCUGAGGGACCUCAGAUGACGGAGAGCGAGAUAGAGCGGGGGCUCACGGUAGUUUGGUGUGACAGCGCAAAAGAUGCCGAAGCCCGCAUGCGCAGCAAGCAGGGAACCGAGAAGAAGCCCGCAGCUGCCCGGGAUUUUGAGUUAUUUAUGCGGGUUUACAAUGCCUGGAAUAUUACGACACCUACAGUGACCGUCGAAAGCCCCCCAAUCACUUCAACAGCAGUAGGAGAACGCUGUACAGAAAGUAAGCCCUCAUGAGAAAUCAACAUGCAGGGAACUCAAUGAGUGAAGAAAAUAAUUCCGGCCCUGCUGACAAAACAAUGAAUGGACGUGAUGAAAUUGCGUCUUCUAGUCGCCGCAAAAGUGCCACCGACAGGCGUAAGCAGCGCUUUUUUCUUUUGCGAUUGCGAGACCUCCACGACGCUCGCUGCUUGGAGGACAGCUGAACGCAAAUAAGUAGGCGUUCUUCGAACAUAACAAGUCGAUCCACCUUCGAGCUGCGAGUACUAGCUCCGCGGUGCUCCGGCACCUGUUGACAGUCUUUCGCCCACAUCGUGUGCUACACCGCAAAGAUAGAGUCUCCUGGGUCUUUGUCCUUUUGCACCGAAGCAGAAGGCGUGACUCAUACAAGAGCCUUUCCAGCGGUGGAUGUAGCGCGCGUCAUCCGGUGGCAGGCUCGGACGAGAAACUCGACCACCUGCAAACUUGGAUUUGGAAUGACACCAAGAAACCCGGCGCGGAGGAAGGGGACGGGUAAGCAAUGAUGCUGGAGGCGGGUUGUGUCACGACGAUCCGGUGUCCUGUUGAGAAUCAUUUGUCAAUCCAUGUGCAAGUGGUGUAAUGACUUACGGUACCUGAAGCACAGGAUCUAAAUCCACUCACUGUAUCCAGCAACAAUAGAGUAAAAGCAUUCUUGGCUAAACUUUCGCGCAUCCGUCGCAAACGCGCGCGGAGUGAUCGUGUAAAAGACGUGCUUGACCUCAAUGCAUUGUCGGGCUACCGGUCCGCAUAGUUCAUCGACGGCAGCGGCCGCUGGAUCUUUCACGAACAUUGAGAAACAUCGCAGGUUCUACUUUUCACUUGCCUUGGCAGCACGGCUCGCAAAAAAAUCCGAGCAAAAAAGUGUUUUUGUG